AUGUCUCUCGAAGUGUUUCACUUGCAUCUGUCUCAAUCCGAGAGACUUUUGUGGUUGUUGGAGGAACUGCAAAUCCCUUACAAGUUGACUGUUUUUGAGAGAGACCCCAAGACUGGGCUGGGGCCCAAAGGUCUCAAGGACAUCAACCCUGCCGGCACCGCACCGUACUUCCGCGACACCACCGUCUCACCGCCAGUCGAGAUAUCGGAAUCAGGUGCCACCGUUGAAUACAUCCUAAGCGUCCAUGCACAGCCCAAGAUCGGCUCUGGAGCUCCUAGACUGCGCCGAUCCCCCGAGGACCAGGAGUUCGCCGCAUACCUCGAAUGGCUACACUUUGCCAACGGUACCCUGCAGCCUGCCAUUACUCGAGGCAUGACCCUCUUGUUCGCCGGUGCUCAUGGUACCGCCAUUUGGAAGUCCGUGCACGAAAAGAUUCAUAGCAUUCUGAAGCUGGUGGACGAUCGGCUGGCGAAUCACAAGUGGCUGGCUGGAGAGAACCUCAGCGCUGCCGAUAUUAUGACGGUCUUCAGUCUUACUACCAUGCGUGGAUUCUACCCCGUGCUGGACCUAUCGCAACACAAGAACAUCCUCAGGUAUUUGAAGGAUGUUGCCGAUCGUCCAGCUUAUCGCGAAGCAUUGAAGAAGGGCGAUAAGGGAAUGGAGCCAUUGAUCGGACCCAAGGUUGAUGGCUUUACGCAAUUUGAGUCAUUUGGUGGGCUAUUCAAGUCAUUGAGCGAAUAA